AUGGUCCAGCUCCUCUCCGCCUUCGUCUCCCUCCUCUCCGUCGUCGCCGUCUCCGGCGCCGCCAUCCCGGCUCCUGCCCCCGAGGCUGUCGCUGAUGUUGCCCCUGAAACUGCUACUAUCGAGCCUACCGGCAACUUCACUGCCCAGGCGUGCAUGUAUACCUGCGGCUCAGUCUGCUACAGCUCUUCUGCCAUCUCUGCUGCUCUGAACAAGGGCUAUUCUUAUUACGAGGACGGAGCCACCGCUGGAAGCAGCACCUACCCCCACCGAUACAACAACUACGAGGGCUUCAACUUCCCCACCGCCAAGCCCUGGUACGAGUUCCCGAUCCUGUCGUCCGGCCGCGUCUACACUGGCGGCUCUCCCGGUGCUGAUCGCGUCAUCUUUGACUCCUACGGCAACCUGGACAUGCUCAUCACCCACAAUGGUGCUAGCGGUAACAACUUUGUUGCUUGCAACUAA